UCACAUGGGAAAUCUCCAAGAAUUUCAUUCUUCCGUGAAUCCAAGCUAUCAAGAGUUUUUUUGUCUAGAGCUGGUUGUUCCCACGAUUGCUGUGAACUCCAUCUUGAGCUGUAGAAUCACGAAUUCCCGGGCAAUUCCUGAGAUCUUGUGUCUGAGUCCCAUUCCAUUUUCAACCUUCUAGAACAAAGAGGCUGUUUAGUUUGGUUUCUUCAAUCUCUUGAAAGUAGAGCAUUCAAGGCUUACUUGUUGCAGACAAAUCAGUUGGAGAUAGAGAUACUGAAUUGCAGCACGUCUAGAAAUAUGAAGAACCAGCUCCAAGAACACAGUAUUGGAAUCCCAGUCAGCUGCCAAUACGAUAAGCCAUCUCCUCCAAAUGGCUCUGGUGCAAUAGUUCCAAAAAAAAUGAAUUCAAUGAAUUAUAGGAUGAAGAAUAACAGGAAGAAGGCAGACAAUUUUGUGGAUGGAGUCCGAGAGUAUGUGAGAAUGGGGCUUAAGUUCUCUGAAACCGUGAAGGGAAAGUUGAGCUUGGGGGCUAGGAUUCUUCAACUUGGGGGAGUGAAAAGAGUUUUCAGGCAAAAUUUUGGUGUUAGAGAAGGAGAAAAGCUAUUGAAGGUUUCCCCAUGUUAUUUAUCAACAACAGCAGGCCCUAUAGCUGGCCUCCUCUUUAUCUCUACUCAAAGAGUUGCCUUUUGUAGUGAAAGAUCAAUCAAAUUUUCUUCUCCAAAUGGUGAAUUAGUUAGAAUCCAUUACAAGGUCUCUAUCCCACUAAGAAAGAUAAAGAGAGCCAAUCAAAGCGAGAAUGUGAAAAAACCUUCUCAAAAGUACAUGGAAAUUGUUACUGUGGAUAACUAUGACUUCUGGUUUAUGGGAUUCUUGAAUUACCAGAAAGCUUUCAGCUAUCUUCAACAGGCAAUCUCUCAAGUGCAUAAUCCAGUCCAGAAGUGAUUCAAGCCAAUAAGUUCUUCCCUCCCGCUUCGACAAAUGUAAUUACACGAACCUGAUAAAGCUCUGCACAAUCAAAGGCUUUGUACAAAUCUUUUUUUGUUAAUGAGAAAUUGAUCUCCAAUUCUUCAA